AUGAAUGCUUCGCCGCUAACUGAUGAAACUGUAACUUCUGUCUACGCUUCUGGACAUCCUAAUAUCACAUGUCCGAAAGAUGCUGUUAAACUUCUCUUUGAUAAAUCAGUAUAUCAGUCAGCAUCGAAAAUCAAGCGUGAAUUACAUGAACAUGAAAUCACCCAAGAUGAACUGGAUGUUGUAGCGAAAUACGGUCGAUUUCCUUAUCGUCCGAGUGAUUUAUUUCUUAAACUCUUUUAUGGUGCGAUUCGUACCCUCGAUGCUGAUCCAAUGGCCGGUUGUGUAUCACCAAAUUUAGUCGGUGAAACUGCUCGCAUUAUUGGUGAUGCUCUACGCGAUUUGAACAAACGCGCUGCACAAGAAAAUCGUUUUGUGAUCGUCAAGCUUAUGAUUGAUCAUUUCAAAAUCGGAAACAUCCUACAUCCACAUAUGAUUCUACCACCAAACAAAUGGGCACAAUGCAGUAUUCCUACAGCUGAAGAACUUCCUAAUCUCAUGAUAGAAGUGAAUAUCUACCACCAGCUCAUCAUGGGUGCAUUUCAUGCGAAAUUUCUUGUCGUUGACCGAAAGAUCACUUUGUUGAAUACUAAUAAUAUUUAUGAUCGGCCAAAUUUAGAAAUGAUGAUGCAUUACGAAGGAGAUAUUGUCAAUUCAUUUUACGAUACAUAUCUGAUUACUUGGCAGUUACCGUUCGAGCCAGAGCCUGCCUACUUACGAGAAGAAGCACCAAUCAAUCGGGAUUUCCAUUUCGGACUCGAUAGUGCUUUGAAUGCAUCUGUGAAAGGUUCGUUACAAAAAGCUGCUGAUCGAGCACGACGACAACUUCAGCGUCGUCGAAGCGUUGAACAAAGUUCAACAUCUCACAAGACUUUCUCGGAGAUCCCACACCGAGUUAUAUCGAACAAUCAAUCCGCUGAUUCGCACACUGAACUAAUAAAAGUAGAAAAAGAACCACAAAAUAGUGUUGUUGGUUAUAUCACUCCUCUUUCACAAUGUUCUCUCACUAUUCAUCUCAAUGGAUCGUCUCCAUCUGCUCAAAGAACGGAAACCCCGAAUACUCUAUCUGCCCAACAGCUGGAACAGCUCUUAGAAGAUUUCAAUCCUUUUAUUUUCCAUACGCCACAUCAACCUGUUCCAAUCGCUCUCGUUAGCCGUAUGUCGCACGGUGCGCCAGGUCAUGGAGAUACUGUUAAUCCACAGAAUGGCGCAUGGCUGAGCGCCUUUCGAUAUGCUCAACAAUCGAUAUUUAUCCAAUCUCCGAUGUUUAAUGCAUCACUCGCUAUCGACGGAGUUAUCAACGCAUGUCAGCGCGGUAUCAAAGUUACUCUAUGGCUCGAUUUAGGGUAUGACUAUUUGAAAGAAGGCUUCGGAACAUUUCAAGGUGGAACGAACCAGCACGUGGCAAAGAAACUCUUUCGAAAAUUGAAAGAAAACAAUAAUGGAUCAGAGAAGAAUCUCGACAUUUUCUGGUAUACUGCAAAAGGUUUUUCAUAUAAUCGGCCAAUUCUUUCUUCUACUUCGCAAUGGAAUCCGAAUGGCACAACAAUUGCGAACGAAUCUAUCAUCGGAUCAAAUCCUUUUGAUUUCUUUAUCAAUCAGAAUAAUACAAUUUAUAUUUCAAAUAAAAAUAAGGAACAAAUCCUCGUUUUUCUCUCUGGAAAUGUGAGUUUAAUUAAAGCUAUAUCUGUCAAUAUAACAAAUUCAUCAAGUUUGUUUGUAACCACAAAAGAAGACAUUUUUGUUGAUACGUUUCACUCCUCAACUAAUGUUGUAAGUGAAAUCAAGUCGAAUUCGACAAAGUUGAUUCCAAUUCCACGAAUGAAUUUCUGUCAACAAUGUUUUCAUCUUUUCUUAAGUGAAAGUUAUCAAACUCUUUAUUGUUCAUUAUCUGAACAACAUCAAGUUAUUUCCAGAUCAUUAAUCAAUCCAUGGAGCCAUUCGUCAAUUGUUGCGGGAACAGCGAGUCCCGGUUCCACAUCAGCAACAUUUCGCAAUCAUCGAGGAAUCUUUUUUGAUGAAAAAAGCCGAGAACUACUCGUUGCAGAUUGCGGAAACCAUCGAAUUCAAUUAUUUGAGUAUCAAAAUUUACUGGGAACAACUGUCGUCGGAAAUGGAUCGCCCAACGUUACAUUUGAUCUUGAUUGCCCAACUGGAAUUGCGCUGAAUAGUGAAAAGGGUUCAGGUGCAAAUCAAUUAAGGUAUCCGUCGGCUCUUAGUUUUGAUUCGGUUGGAAAUAUUCUCGUUGUUGAUCAAGGAAAUAGUCGAAUUCAAAAAUUUAACCUGAUUAUCAAUUCAGGAUUUUCAACUAUUUGCUCGAAUAGUUCGACAACCAUAGCUACGACAACAGUAGCACCUGGUGCAGCAACAACAUUAUGGUACAUGAACAAUCCCUGCUCACCACAAACUACCUACAUGCACGUCACAUUAUCGUACGUUGCGCAGAGUGCCAAAGAAACAAUAACAUUCGCUGUAGUCAAUGUCCCGGCCUACACAUGGUUAGAUGACAUAUCUGUUGUCGAUGCAACUACUUCAGCACAACUGCUCUGCAAUGGUGAUUUCGAAAAUGGAACAUGCUCACCAUGUUGGAUCGGAAGUGGUUGUACGGGUCACAUUUCGACAAAUACACCACACAACGGAACAUAUGGUAUCUACAACGGAGCCACAUCGAUGACUUAUAUGCAGCAGACGUUCAAUACUACUAUUGGUCGACAUCUAAGAAUUGGUUUCUGGACUAAAUGGAGCGGUAGUAUUAGUACAGGUAUCACGACGAGUGUAUCAAUACAACCUUAG